UGUCCUGCGGCGCGUCAGAGCGCAGACAGGCUGGGUGGAGAGGAGCCAAGCACUAACAGGACUCACUGGACACUGGAGGAAUCCGACUAUGCCUUUCCAACAACACUUGGAAUGUUAAUAAGAAAAAACUUUUGACCUGGCCAUUAUCUCUGCAUUUCCAUUCUCUGGACACAUUGGAACAAGGAUCCACACCGCCAGGCCCAAAGCAAAAAAGGAAAAUGUGUGUGUGUGAGUGUGUGCGUUAGGACUGCUGUGUGCCUUUGACUGAGGAAACGCCUCCUUCUGAAAGAACCUGCCUGGCUUGUACAAUGAAGGCCGUCGCUCUGCUCUGUUUCCUGAUGGUCGUGGCGGUCGGGGCCUCUCGGUUUAUCCGGGACUCCCCGAGUGUGCCUGAAACUUUUGAUGAUUCCAACACUAAUGCGUCCAUUCAGCGCCUACCCCCGCAGGCGGAUCGGCCGAGGGACUCCUUCCCCCCCAUGUGCAUGAAGCCCACGGAAAUUAAGCACGCCUUCAAGUAUGUGAACACUAUUGUGUCCUGCUUGAUCUUUGUGGUUGGAAUCAUUGGCAACUCCGCACUGCUGAGGAUCAUAUACAAGAACAAGUGCAUGAGGAAUGGACCCAACGUCCUGAUUGGGAGCCUGGCACUGGGGGACCUACUUUAUAUCGUCAUCGCAAUCCCCAUCAAUGUGUAUAAGCUAAUAGCAAAAGAUUGGCCCUUCGGGGUGUAUCUCUGCAAGAUGAUGCCCUUCAUCCAAAAAGCUUCAGUGGGUAUCACUGUCCUCAGUCUAUGUGCGCUGAGUAUUGACCGCUAUCAUGCAGUGACGUCAUGGAGCAGGGUGAAGGGAAUGGGCAUCCCUGUGUGGAAAGCGGUGGAGGUGGCGCUGAUUUGGUUGAUCGCUGUGCUGUUGGCAGUCCCCGAGGCCCUGGCGUUCGACAUGUUGGAGAUGCCGUACAGAGGCAACAAACUGCGCGUGUGCCUGCUGCAUCCGGAACAAAGCUCCAACUUCAUAAAGUUCUACCAGGACGUGAAAGACUGGUGGUUGUUUGGCUUCUACUUCUGCCUGCCGCUCGCUUGCACAGGAAUCUUUUACACUCUCAUGUCCUGCGAGAUGCUGAGUCGCAAGAAAGGCAUGCGGGUGGCACUAAACGACCACAUGAAACAGAGGAGGGAAGUCGCAAAGACAGUGUUCUGCCUGGUGCUGAUUUUCGCUCUGUGCUGGUUGCCACUUCACCUCAGUCGCAUUCUCAAGAAAACAGUUUAUGACCAAAAUGACCCCAACCGCUGCGAACUCCUCAGCUUCCUUUUAGUGAUGGAUUACAUUGGCAUCAACAUGGCUUCACUAAACUCCUGCAUUAACCCGAUCGCCCUCUACUUUGUCAGCCAGAAGUUCAAAAACUGCUUCCAGUCUUGCCUGUGCUGUUGGUGCUACGGAACAUCCCCAUUGGAUGAUCGAGGGUCCGGGUCAGGAUGGAAGGGCUCCUGCCACGGCAACGGACUGGAUCGCUCCAACUCCCGUUCUAGUCAGAAAUACACAAGCUCCUCAUAAACACGCCCACCCUUAUUCAGCACUUCAUUUAAUCCCCGAAAAAAAAAACAAAAAAAAACAUGUUUCCAAUCAGCACCAGUGGAGCUGGAGCUGGGACCGGACUGAAGGACACGAAAUGGUCAGGCCAAACAAUGAAAUCACAGGACUGUACCUGCAGAAUGAAGUCACCAAGGCAAACUGCAUUCUACAGAGGCGAAAAUGCAUCCCGUCACAUGCAAAUCACAUAUAACAUAAUAGAGUAUCUAGCCUUUGUGUUUCUAUACAUAAUAGCGCUGCAGCUUCAAUACCUCAGAGAAAAUAUCGUCCUGAUUUAUAUGAACGCAAUCAGCAGGACAUCUGGCACUUGAGCACAGACUCACUGCCUUGGCAACAUCUUACCAAAGAAAAUGGGGAGUUGGAACGUCAGACGUUACGCUGCUUACAGUCAAAGUGAAGGACAACUGUUGUUGAAGAUAUUGAUGGAAACUCCCCUCCACGCGCUGUAGGAGGCUCGAGUUCCAAAUAAGUACAAAAAUAAUGAUCUCAUGACCACAUGACAGUGUCUACGUAUGUCACAAGUCCAGAAUCAUUUUCUUCACUUGACAUCACGACUUUGCUGUCAAAGCUAAUGUGUGAAAGGUUAUUUUUGCUAAACCUCUUCAUCCAGCAUAUUUUUAUACAUUAGUAUUUCUGUUGAAUAUAGUGCGUCUACUGGAAGUUUAGGAUCUCCUGGAUAUUUAUAGGAGAAGUAUACGUUUCAUAAUGUGAAAGAUAAUAUCUUAAAGAUGUAGCAAGAUCUUCCUGUAACAUACACCUGUUUUUUAAACCUAUAUAAUGCAGAAAGAUGCAAAUGAGAGGUCUACUGAUUAACGACAGUGUGUCCAACUCAAAGUGUUCAAAAUAUGAUUAAUCAUAUUUGCAGUUUGUACUGGAAUGUGACUGGCAGGUUUGACCCACAGUGCAACUUGUUGCAUAUCCAUAACCACAUUCGGAGAAAACUGCAUAUUACAUGUGCUUGCCUUUUUUUGAAAAAAGUUGUAGAAUCAAAGAGUUAAUCAUCUUUUUAGGAUAAACGGUGGCUGCUUUUCAAAGUGGAGAAAUCUGGGGCGAGGGUUUCCAACAUUCAGUGUAUUUGUUUUUUUUAUAUAAAUUGUACUUUACAUAAGAGAUCCUCACUCAAACAGUGCAGCCGUUGUCUAAAUGUAUUCUUAUGGUAAUUCAAUCAAAUAGAGGCAGAGUGUCCUAAUUAAAGAGUUAUACAAUUAGCGAAUGUUGACUCAAAUUUUUUUUUUUCCCUUCGGUGGGCUAUUCAAAACUUAUUUUGACUUACAAGCUUUAUUUUAUUUCGUUGCUGAGCAAAUGCAUUUCGCGCCCAUUUGCUACAGUAAUUGAUCCUGCUGGAGCCGCUCAGCUGAUCAUGCAGAAAGUGACUCAGCAACUCAAUUUUAUGGCAAAUCCAUCCACCAGACCACAUGGUCCACACCGCUUUGUCUUGCGAGGGAGAGAGAAAUACAAAGCCGAGGUUCAAUGCAAUGUCAAUACUUAUCAGCAUUUCGAUUGUAUGUAUUUAUAAACAAUAUGCAGUAAUAAAUAUUAUUUUAUAUCA